GGUGGGGGUGGAGCGCAGGCGAGAGUCCGGUAGCGGGUGCGAGGCUGCUCCGGCUGUGGGCGCGGCGCUUGGACCCGGAGGCCCGCACUCGCGCAGGCGCAGAGGCCGCUGUGUGGGUGCGGGGCGAGCCCAGCGAGGCCUGGGGCCUGGGCUGAGGGCCAGAGGGGGCGAGCGCCAGAGGGGGUGAGCGCCAGAGGUCUGGGGCUGCGUCCCGAGGCGGCGCUGGCGGCUCCUGGACGCUCCUUCCCAUUUCCUUUCCUUUCCCGCGACUUCUCAGUGUGAUUUUCUUGGGCUAAAGCCAGUUUCUAGGUUGGCUUGGGCAGAAAAGUGAAGAGAGAAUGCUCCACCUUAACCGAUGUCAGCAUCUGAAACGAGUCAUUCAGAAAUGUUUUGCUAGUAUACAUGUUAAAACAGAUAAACACACACAGCUGUUUCUUUCAAGAACCUUUGCACUUGCGGAAUUAAGGAAGUCAUGGCACUCAAUAUCCUCUCUUGUUGGAGACAAAAAUAUUAUCCUGAUGGGACCGCCUGGUGCUGGGAAGACAACAGUAGGCAGAAUAAUAGGUCAGAAACUAGGCUGUUGUGUCAUAGAUGUGGACGAUGAUGUCCUUGAAAAAACCUGGAAUAUGAGUGUGUCUGAAAAAUUGCAGGAUGUUGGUAAUGAGCAAUUUUUAGAAGAGGAAGGAAAAGCUGUGUUAAACUUCUCUGCAUCUGGAAGUGUGAUUUCCCUUACUGGGUCCAAUCCAAUGCAUGACGCUAGCAUGUGGCAUCUGAAGGAAAAUGGAAUAAUUGUGUAUCUGGAUGUUCCUCUAAUGGAUAUAGUUAGUCGCCUAAAAUUAAUGAAAACAGAUAGGAUUGUAGGUCAGAAUUCUGGAACGUCAAUGAAAGACUUACUUAAAUGUAGAAGACAGUAUUAUAAGAAGUGGUACGACACUCGUGUUUUUUGUGAAAGCGGGGCUUCCCCGGAGGAAGUAGCUGAUAAAGUGCUGAAUGCAGUUAAAAGAUACCAAGAUGUGGACUCAGAAACGUUCAUUUCCACACGACACAUUUGGCCUAAAGACUGUGAACAGAAGGUUCCAGCAAAAUUCUUUAGUGAAGCUGUGAUUGAGGGGUUAGCCUCUGAUGGUGGACUCUUUGUUCCCGAGAAGGAGUUUCCCAAAUUAAACUGUGGGGAGUGGAAAAGCCUAGUAGGAGCAACUUACAUAGAAAGAGCACAGGUACUCUUGGAAAAAUGCAUACAUCCCGCAGACAUACCUGCUGCCAGGCUGGGAGAAAUGAUUGAAACUGCUUAUGGGGAGAACUUUGCCUGCUCAAAAAUUGCCCCCGUCAGGCACCUGUCUGGCAACCAGUUCAUCCUGGAGUUGUUUCACGGACCAACGGGAUCGUUUAAAGAUCUGUCUUUACAGCUUCUGCCUCAUUUUUUUGCACACUGUAUUCCACCAAGUUGCAAUUACAUGAUACUUGUAGCCACCUCAGGGGACACAGGGAGUGCAGUCUUACAUGGCUUUAGUCAUCUUAAUAAGAAUGACCAGCAAAGAAUAGCUGUGGCCACAUUUUUCCCUGAGAACGGAGUGAGCGAUUUUCAAAAAGCGCAAAUAAUUGGCAGUCAGAAAGAAAAUGGAUGGGCAGUGGGUGUCAUGUCAGAUUUUGAUUUUUGCCAGACAUCUAUAAAAACAAUUUUUAAAGACUCUGAUUUUACUGGCUUUCUUACUGUGGAAUAUGGAACGGUCUUAAGUUCAGCUAAUUCCAUAAACUGGGGCCGACUGCUUCCCCAGGUAGUUUAUCAUGCCUCUGCAUACCUUGAUCUCGUUAGCCAAGGAUUUAUUUCUUUUGGAAGCCCUGUCGAUGUCUGUAUUCCCACAGGAAACUUUGGUAACAUUUUAGCGGCAGUGUAUGCCAAAAUGAUGGGAAUCCCUGUUCGGAAAUUCAUUUGUGCUUCUAAUCAGAACCAUGUUUUGACUGAUUUUAUAAAAACAGGACAUUAUGAUCUAAGGGAAAGAAAAUUAGCACAGACCUUUUCGCCAGCCAUAGAUAUUCUCAAAUCUUCAAACCUGGAACGGCAUUUACACUUGAUGGCAAAUAAGGAUGGACAACUAAUGACAAGAUUAUUUAACCAACUGGAAGAGCAGCAUCACUUCCAGAUAGAGAAGAUCCUAGUUGAGAAACUUCAGCAGGACUUUGUAGCCGACUGGUGCUCCGAGGCAGAGUGCCUGGCAGCCAUUCACUCCACCUACAACACCUCAGGCUAUAUUUUGGACCCACAUACUGCUGUCGCGAAAGUAGUUGCAGACAAGAUGCAAGACAAAACCUGCCCGGUGAUCAUCUCCUCUACAGCUCAUUACUCAAAGUUUGCACCUGCCAUCAUGCAGGCUUUAAAGAUCAAAGAAAUCAACCAUACUUCCUCCAGUCAGGUUUAUUUACUGAGUUCAUACAAUGCGUUACCUCCACCACAUGAGGCUUUAUUAGAGACAGCAAAGCAGCAAGAGAAGGUGGACUACCAGGUCUGUGCAGCAGAUGUGAAUGUCCUGAAGAGCCACGUGGAAAAACUAGUAGAAAACCAGUUCAUAUUAAAGGUUUCUGAGUAAAAUAAGAAAUUUUUUCCAGUGAUAAGCAUUCAAUAAUAAAUCACAAAAGUUGAUUUGGAGUGCAAGAAGCAUUUUGUUUUUUAUGUAAAUAUGUAUGUCUGUAUGUAGAUCUGUUAACUUUUGGAAUUUCAACAGCCUAAUCUCUAGAUCUGAACAUUGUGCUUGCACAUGCUCCUUGGAUCCCUGAUCUAGAAGACAAAAGUUAGCCCAGAGCACAGACCCUUGUGCUGUGCUUUGCACUCAUGAGAGAUGUAUCAGUUUCUAGUCCCUCAUCCCCAUUUUUAAGUGGACCAAAAUACCUGGUAUUCAACCUAGCAAUUAAAAUAUUUAAGCAUAGCCGUUACGUGGUACAUCUGUAACCAUUACUGGUUCUCUAUUGACUAGAAAGAUAAUUUACCACUCUAAUGGCUAACUUCGAUGUAGUAAGCGCAUCUAUUAAGACAGGGCUAGUGUUUUUAACUCUCCUCAAACCCCAUUCUGGACUGUACUUAACGGUGUGUAUCCUGUGCCAACCAGAUUAGAGAAGUGCUCUGUCCUUCACUCUACACUUUGGAUGUUUAUAGUUAAGGUGAUGUGGUUUGAAAAUCAGGACACAAGAUUUAAAUCCAGGAUUUAACAAUCAACAGAACUAGUUAGUAGUGGAUGCAGAAAUAAAAUUACUUAUCUAUUUCAGGAGAAACGCUUUCCAAAAGUAUUUGAAUAGUCUUAGUAGAAGUAUGUUUAUAGUUAUAACAGUUUUCAUGUUUAUAGUUAUAGCAGUUUUCCUGUAUUAUUUGGGCUCCAUUCCUAUAUAAUUUGUUUACUGUCUCUCUUUUCAAUGAACAUUGUCUUUUUUUUGGCAACUAAAAUCACAUACAAUUGAAGCAAGUAUUUAAUUUGUCCUUUGUGGUAACAGUACAUUAUAACUGUGAUUUACAUUUGUGAAUUUCCUGGAUGUUUUAUUUCUGACUUAAAGAUGAUCACUGAAAGGACCUGUUAGUGCACUGGACCACUCUCAACCACAAGAUGGCAUUCCUAACAUAAUUUGUCUUUGCUGAUAGGGAGGACUUCAUUUUCUGGAGAACUACCUCCAAAAAGAAACAUACUAUAACUUGUCAAGAAAAAAUUGUAAGUUUAAUAAGCAGAAAUAAUUUAAAAAUUAAAAAAGUUAAACCAAUUAUGUGCUAACUUUGGCUCUCUGGCUUCUAAAAAAGUAAGUUUAAACCCAAAACUUGAAAAUCAAGAGUAGUUGUAAGAAUUUCGAGAAAAAAGAAAUGAGAUUUUAAAAUUACAUAUUAAUGGAAAUUGCAAUAUAGUUUUUCAUCAAAAUAGAGUUUAGAAGGUAAUAAAUUGUUUUGUUUGAGGUUUUUGUUAGGUUGUAAUAGCAAUUCACUUUCAAAAACAAUCAUUUAUGGCAAAUACUGUUUGAACCCAUUAAAUCAUUUAUAAAUGUUUUACAAUUCAAACUACUCAAAAAGUAGCUGUUUUCAUGUGAGCAUCAAAUUCAAGGAAACAGAAAUAAUACAGGUUUUGUGCCACACAGGAGCAUGAAUAAAGUCUAUGUAUGAAAUA